GCUAAGGAGUUGAUAGAUGAGAUUAAGAGUACAUAUAUAACAGCUAUGUUCAACGAAAUUAAAGAAACAGAGAAUAAAGGCACUAAGAAAUUGAUGGAUGGGUUUAAGAGUACAUAUAUGACAGCUAUGUUCAACGAAAUUAGAGAGACAAAUUACGUCAAAGACACUAUAAUACAUUUUUUCUUUAGGCAGGCUAAAGAGUUGAUAGAUGAGGUUAAGAAUACAUAUACGAGAGUUAUGUUCAACAAAAUUAGGGAGGCAGAGAAUAGA